GUGCCAUUUGGCCCGAUGCUCGAAGGUGGCGUGCACCAGGUGGUAGAAGGCGCUCAAAAUGUGGUUGAUCGACUGCCCGGUUUCAGGACGCCCGCCCACAAACCGCCACCCGAACAGGCGAACAGCAGCAGCGGCGACGUGAGGUGGUACAGCGACUGGAAAUGGAAGAACCCGUUCAGCAGCGACACGGUGUACGACGAAGCUCGAGCUGUCCUGCCUCCCCUCGCCGAAAGACCGCCCAUAUACACAUACUACGAUGCGAGUUCCAGGAGGAAAGAUCAGAAGAGCAGGAAGGCCGAGCAAGAGCUGCUGCAGAUAUGGCGUAGAGCGUGGUGGGCAGCUGGCUUCAGACCCGUCGUAUUGAGCAAGAGCGAGGCCAUGCACAAUCCCCUAUAUCGCGCAGUCCAGGGGCUGACGCUGGAGAAAGGCUUCGAGAAUGAGCUCAUGAGAUGGCUCGCGUGGGCUAACAUGAAGGGCGGCAUCCUCGCCAACUUCAUGGCUGUCCCCAUGGCUACGUACGACGAUCCGACCUUGUCAUUCCUGCGCCGAGGCGAGUAUCCGACGCUGUCUCGUUUCGAGAACUUGAGCAAUGGGCUCUUCAUAGGGUCUGCAAGCCACAUUGACGCUGCCCUCAAGGAAGCAGUCUCGUCGCCAGCGAUCAAGCGUGUGAAGUUUCUCGACGAGGCAUUGUCGCCGGGCACAGUCCAAGUGGAGGCUAAGGCUGAAGGCAUUGCAUUUUACAGCGAUGCAGUGCUCAAAUCUGCUGCCUAUAAGCCGAUAGGAGAGAAGCUUGCACAUCUCAACACUGUUCCCGAUGCUUUGCAACAGCUACCGGAUCUGAUCAACAGCCACCUACACACUACUUGGCAGAAUCAGUUUCCAAAGGGCAUUGUUGUACUAAAGCCUCUUCCUGAACACACCACUGUUCUCAUUGAGCCUGCAAUUGACCUUGCGCGAAACCUCUCCCAAUGCUCCAACACACCUCUUCCUUCAUCUUGCCCUCCGAACAGGCCCAAAUGCAAGCCUUGCGUUAGCAACAAGAUUCCUAUUUCUGCGCAAAAGUUUUUCAGAAACGACAGCAGGAUAUUCACGAUUGCGAGUGUGCCACACCCGUACACGAUUACCAGUCUUGUAAAGCAAAAAGACGACCUCGAUCUCAGAUUCAUCAGAAGGGAGACGAAUAGAGACAUCUGGAUUCACGCCGCCACAAAAGAAAUGCUCGGAAAUGGCCUCUCUUCGUUCGCCAGGCUACCCACAAUCAAGGAAGCAGUGGCAUCUGCAUAUGGCAGUACAAGAUCCUUGUGGCUCACAGCGGAGGAUCCUCCCAAAGCAGAGAGCGAAGAAGACCGAGCAGAACUCGAUUGGAUUUUCCCGUUCAAGAUACCACGCGAGCCGAUGCCCUCCGGCAAGAGUGAGACACCAGUGCCCGGGCCUGAGAGGCGACCACCAGCUCCAAAGCCUGAAUACGGAGAUGGUCCGGUGCCUAAAGAAGCAGACCUGGCAAGGGAGAAGGAUCUCUUUCAAAAGGCUGUCAUCGCCUUACGCAACGGGGAAAAGGGUGGCGCGAAGCCCGCGGUCCAGAUCAAAGAAGUCGUUGAAUCGUGGAACCUCGCUGACGCAGAGGCUUGGAAAUUCGUUCGCGCUUAUAAUGCUCGUAGGCGUUCGGAGAGAAGGAAAUGGGAACAUGAGGAAGCUUCAUACCAAGGCAAGGGAGCUUUCGAUAGAUGGGUUGACAAGAUAUCGUGAUAAACACAGCCAGGAGGUUUACUGGGAUAUUAGCGAUGGAGUUACGGUAGACUGGUUCCAAAGCAGACAUCAUGGCGGCUUCCGUGCCGUCUUCUACAUCG